AUCUAAAAUGUAAGGUCUUGUAAGAAGACAAACAUUUAAGAUGCAUGUAUUCUUUGUUCUCUUUCAGGGUGUGACUGAAGACGGUCAGUUUGAUGAUAUUGAUGACAUCAUAGCUGGUGACCAUUGCAAUGAAGAUGAAUGGAGUGAAGAGGACAAGACCUUACUGGGACCCAGCCAGAGCCUCAUUAAGGUUGCUAAUCAUGUGCUCAAGGAAGCACUAAAGACCACUAUGAAAAAUGGUAAAUGUGACGCAGCCAAGCAGAUUAGCCAGUAUGAUGACCUGGCAGACCAUGUUAAAAAGUUGAGUCCAGCAGUUGACCAACUGGGUAUAGCUCUUUAUCCACCAAUGGGACAUCGUUUUGUUCGAGCUUAUUCUGAACACUUGGCUGAAAUUUUGAGGAACUUUUUGAACUGUCUGAGAUCAUCACAUGUGACUAAUGAAGAUGAUGAGCAGUGGUUAGAAUUCUUAUUAAAGGCCGUUGAGCAUAAUACAGAAAAAAUUCAUAGUCUCACUGAGUGACUCUGUAAUAAUAUUUUUGUAUAUACACUUCUGAAGAACUGUAAAUAAAAGUUUUUUUGUAAAGUGAA